AUGCGUUUUGGUGUGAUGAAUGCCCCUGUUGUUUUCAUGGACUAUAUGAAUUGGAUAUUUCAACCUUACUCGGACCAAUUUGUGGUGAUCUUUAUUGAUGACAUUCUUAUUUAUUCUCGUACUCCACAAGAGCACGGAGAACAUCCAAGGACUGUUCUAUUAGUACUGCAAGAGAAGCAACUUUUUGCCAAGUUAAGUAAGUGUGAAUUUUGGAUGAACGAAGUGAAGUUUCUUGGUCAUGUCAUAUCACAAGGAGGAGUAUCAGUAGAUCUAUCUAAAGUAGAAGUAGUUAUUAAUUGGAAAAGAUCGAAAAAUGCUUCUGAAGUCAGAAUUUUCUUAGGUUUGGCAGGUUACUAUCGAAGAUUUAUUAAAGGGUUUUCUCAGUUAGCUUUACCAACGGCUAGACUUACCCGAAAGGAAAUUUAUUUUAAAUGGGAUUCGAAGUGUGAGCAGAGUUUCAUGAGUUUGAAGGAAAAACUAACAACUGCUCCUGUUUUAAUCAUCCCUGAUCCUAGUAAGUCUUAUGAAGUAUUAUGUGAUGCCUCUAAGAAAGGAUUAGGAAGGGUGUUAAUGCAGAGUGGUUAG